UCCUUAGCCAACAACAACUUUGAACCACCUUCGAAGCCAGAGAUGAACACGGGUGACAUAACCCAUACCAGUGUAACACUGAAUAUUUCCCCACCUCAAUUUGGGUUAACAACAGUCACCCACUACGCUGUUGAGUUCUGUGUCCUUGGAGAUGAUGUUUGGCAUCAACAAAUAGAGAGCAAGGCUGGAGAUGUUACAGUGUCCGGCUUGAAGAUUAAUGAAGAGUAUCAGUUCAGAUGUAGAGCCUGCUGCGCAGUCGGCCUCGGUCCGGCCUGUGAAGAUUGCCCUUUAAUUAAACUCUUACCAUCCAGUCCUCCAGAAAAACUACAAGUGGAAUGUUAUUCUACAGAGUUAUCAGUCAGCUGGGAGAAACCAUCUGAGCUUGGACGUGGAGUGGAGACCAAGCAAUACAUAUUAGAAUAUGCUAAAACAUCUCUAGAAGUGAACCCUGAAGAAUGUAUAUGGAGCAAACCAAUAUUCAAAGCCAACGACUCCCAACUAGUCAAAGUCAUUCCAGGGCUGCAGCCUUCAACGCGAUACACUGUCCGGGUCAGAUGUGACUGUGGAGUUUCUGGCCUUGGCAAAGAGGAAUCAGUAGUUGUGUGCACAAAAAAGCUAUCUGAUAAACUGGCUGCAUCAAUCAAAGCAUCGAGCAAGGAAAUAAAACCUGGUUCUCCUUCAGUUUUCAAGUUACCCCUGAAGAAAAACGAUAUUAGGAUAGAUGGAUGCAAGAGGUACACAUUUGGCAAGGAAAGCAUGAAGCCAAAUCGCACUGUCAUGUUUCUGGGGGCAACAGGUUCAGGGAAGUCAACUCUGAUCAAUGGAAUGAUCAACUACAUCCUGGGCAUAGAUUGGAAAGACUCUUUCCGCUUCAAACUAAUCAAUGAGGAUCAGUCGAGGUCACAAGCUGAAAGUCAGACUACCCACGUAACUACCUACGAAAUCAACCACCGAGAAGGCUUCAAAGUUCCAUAUUCUCUGACCCUUGUUGACACUCCGGGUUUCGGGGACACAAGGGGAAUAGAGAGUGACAAGGCCAUCAGAGAGCAGAUCAGGAGUCUCUUCACCUCGGCAAAGGGAGUCUUUGAGAUAGAUGCAAUUUGUUUUGUCACCCAGGCCUCUCAAGUAAGACUAACAGCUUCACAGAAGUAUGUGUUCGAUUCGGUGCUGUCCAUCUUUGGUAAAGACGUGGUGGAAAACAUUUGCAUUCUGGUCACAUUUGCAGACGGUCAGCAGCCUCCUGUUCUUGAGGCGAUCAAUGCAGCCAAAAUCCCAUGUCCUAAAACCGACAAAGACCUUCCGGUGCACCACAAAUUCAACAACUCUGCACUGUUUGCUGAAAAUAAAUCUUUCAGUGACAGAGCUGAUCAAGACUCCAAAUCAUCAAAAUAUCCAGAAGAAAAAAAUAUGGAUCUUAACAAGUUUGAUGCAAUGUUUUGGGCAAUGGGGGCCAGCAGCAUGGAAACCUUCUUCAUUUCCUUGGGACACAUGACGACCAAAAGCCUGCAGUUAACCAAAGAGGUUCUCAAUGAGCGAAAGCAGUUGGAGGCGGCUGUGGAAGGAAUCCAGCCCCAGGUACGGGCGGGGCUGGCGAAACUGGAACAGAUCCGAUCAACCAAACAACAGAUCGAAAAGUACAACGCCGACAUCGCUUUCAAUGAAAACUUUCAAUUUGAAGUUGAAAUUAUCAAGCCUGUUCAAAUUCCUACCAACGAGGGAGAGUUCCUCACUAACUGUCAGGAGUGUAACAUUACCUGUCAUUCCCCCUGUUACAUAACAGACGAUGAACAAAAGUUUGAGUGUGCUGCCAUGAAGGAUGAGAAAUGCACGGUUUGCCCUGGAAAAUGUGUCUGGACCAUACAUUUCAACCAGAAAUACAGGUGGGACUACGUCAAGGAGAAGCAUAUGAAGACGAUACAACAGGUGAAAGACAAGUAUGAAAAAGCCACUGAGGCGAAGAUCACAGUCGAGGAACUGAUUGGACACCAGGCAGAGGAGGUUCUCAAUCUUCAGGAUGAGAUAAUGUCCCUGAUGGACACGUCGUCUCGCUGUAUAGCUCGGCUGAAGGAGAUAGCUCUGCGGCCUAACCCGCUGAGCACGCCAGAGUACAUCGAGCUGCUCAUUGAGGGAGAGAAGUCAGAGGGCAAAAAGGGUUACCUGGCACGGAUUCAGUCUCUGGAAAACAUGAAAGGAAAUGCCCAAAUCAUGGUCAAGGCUUCCAAACGGGAGAAGCUCACUGAAAUAGAGGAAGAAUACAUUGAGGAUAGCCAGAAAAGAAAAGAAAAAAAGGGAUUUAAGAGCAAAAUGUGUGCUUUUUUUAAGGGUGACUGGCUCUGA